AUGGGAUUUAAUGAUGUUGAUAUGAUAAAUCAAAAGAAUGAAAAAGAAAUGAGUAAGAUUGAACAAUUUGAAAGACUUAAAGUGUGGAUAGAAGAUUCAUUAGAUCUUUUUAAGAAUGAUUUAAUAUCACUUAUCUAUCCUACAUUUUUAAGGAUUUAUUUAGAUGAGAUUAUUACAGGAAAUACAAUUCAAGCUAAAGAAUUCUUCAAUAAAUACAAGAAUGAAUUUGAUAAAAAGUCAGAUUUAAACCAAUUUGAAAACAUCUUUACUCAACAACAUGUUAUGCAGAAUAGUAUUGUGUAUGGAUUUUAUAAUAACAAGUAUUUCUUAGUAAUGAGUAAGUAUGCAUACAGUCUAUUGAUUAAUUUUUUAGAAGAGAAUAAUAUGAUUUAUAUAUUAAAAUUGAUGAACUCAGAUAUGGAAAUUAAGGUUAUUACCAAUGUUGAAGAUAAUAAAAACAAUACAUCAUCAGGUGUUAAUGUUAUCUGUGAUAAUAAGCCAUUAAACCUAACCACCAGUCUUAUAACAAUUGAAACUCAAUCAAGUGUAUUAUCUCAAGAUAGGUAUAAAUAUGAUCAUUUAGAAACGUAUGUUCAACAAAUAAAGAAAUCAAGAAAGUCUGAAAAUAAGGUUAAACCAUCACCAUCAUUCGUAGAAGCUGAAAUUGAAAAACUUAAAGAUAUAAUUAAGAGAGUUUCUGUUAAUCCUGAAUAUUUACCUAGUAUUUGUUGUUACACUGUUCAAAAUACUUAUGAGAGUUUAACUUGUGCGGAAAUUUCUAAUGACUUGAAGUUCUUAGCAUGUGGUUAUAAUGAUUCUUAUAUUGAUAUUCACAGUUUAACUAAGAUCCCAUUAAGGAAAUUAAAAACAUCAACUGAAUUAGCUUCAAUUGAUAUCAAUAGUGAUGAAGACAAAUAUGAGAAUGUGGGUGAAGUGUAUAGAUUAAUAGGUCAUUCUGGUCCAAUUUUAAGUAUUAAGUUUUCUAACACUUCAAAGUUUUUAAUCUCUUCAUCUGCUGAUUGUACUAUUAGACUUUGGUCGGCACUGAUUUGA